AUCCAUUGAUGUCAGAAUGUUUAGUUUAUCAAAUUAAAAAUGGUAUAACACGUGUUGGCAAAUCUGAAGCCAAAGCUCCGGCUGAUAUAUGUUUGAGUGGUGAAAAUAUUAUGGAUGAACAUUGUUACUUUGAAAAUAAGGAUGGAGUUGUAACACUGCAUCCAUGUACAGACAGUUUAACAAUGGUAAAUGGAAUGCGUAUAACCGCACCUGAAAAAUUAAAUUCGGGAUUUCGUAUCAUUCUUGGAGACUUUCACGUGUUUCGAUUUAAUAAUCCUGAAGAAGUUAGAAAAGAACGUGCUAAAUCAAAGCAACUCAGUAUUAGUAUUGUUAAUAACGAGGAUGGAUCAAAACCACCAGAUUCAUCCACAUCCACUGCAUCUCCUAUGUCAGAAGUUGUUAAAGAUUGGAAUUAUGCAAAACGGGAGACGGCUCUGAAUUAUUUAAAUGAUAAUCCCACAUUUAUGGCUUUAUCUGAUGAAGAUUUGCAAAAAAUGAUGGAAGACAUUAAGAAAAUACAAGAAGCUCGUAAAAAGAUCAGACAGUAG